CUUUUUCUUAAGUCUAUGUUUUCUUUAUUAUUCCCAGCGCCGAAACAAAGGUCACUUGGCACGGUAUGCACCAAGACGGAAACUGUGGAAUGACAUCACUUAGUUGUGGAAACGGAAAGCUAAGGCAGUGGUUGAUAGACCAAAUUGACAGUGGAAAGUACCCCGGAUUGGUGUGGGAAAAUGAGGAAAGAAGCAUUUUCCGUAUUCCUUGGAAACAUGCUGGAAAACAGGACUACAACCGAGAAGAAGACGCAGCCCUCUUUAAGGCCUGGGCCCUUUUUAAAGGUAAAUUCAGAGAAGGCAUUGAUAAACCAGAUCCCCCAACAUGGAAGACAAGACUACGCUGUGCCUUAAACAAGAGCAAUGACUUUGAAGAGCUGGUUGAAAGGAGUCAGCUGGAUAUUUCCGACCCAUAUAAGGUGUACACAAUUAUCCCAGAAGGUUCAAAGAAAGGAUUAAAACAAUAUGGCUCAGAGGAUUCACAGGUCAUUGUGAGCCACCCAUUUCCAGUUCCACCUUCAUACUCUUCUCUGCCGACUCACCCUCAGGUGUCAAACUUCAUAUUACCUCAUGAGCGUAACUGGAGAGACUUUGCACCAGAACAACCACAUCCUGAGCUUCCUUACCAAUGCACCGCUGUCCCCUUUGCAGCACGUAGUCACUUAUGGCAAAAUACUUCCUGUGACAAUAGCUACCAAGUAACUGGAUCCUUUUAUGCAUGCACACCAACAGAAGCACAGACCAUAGACCCAGGCAUAAGGUCUGGUGAGGCUAUUCCAUUCUCAGAUUGCCGACUGCACAUCAGCUUAUAUUACCGGGAUACCCUUGUUGAAGAAAGAACUACAGUGAGCCAAGAAGGUUGCAGGAUCUCACAUGGACAUUGCUAUGACAUCAGUCGCUUGGAGCAAGUUGUUUUUCCAUAUCCAGAAGACAUUAGUCUGAGGAAGAACAUAGAGAAAAUAUUGAGCCAUCUGGAAAGGGGUGUCAUUCUUUGGUUGGCUCCUGAUGGACUGUAUGCAAGAAGGAUGUGUCAAAGCAGGAUAUACUGGGAGGGACCUUUGUCCAUUUAUAGUGACCGUCCAAAUAAAUUAGAACGAGACAUUGCUUGCAAACUAUUUGAUACUCAGCAGUUCUUAUCAGAACUGCAGGCAUAUGCUCUCCAUGGACGUCCAGUGCCAAGAUUUCAGAUUAUUUUAUGUUUUGGGGAAGAAUUUCCAGAUGCGCAAAGAGGAAGGAAGUUAAUUACAGCUCAUGUUGAGCCAGUGUUUGCUAGACAACUGGUUGGCUUUGCAGAACAAAAUGGAGGACAUUUUAUGAGAGGAUACAAUUUCUCCGACCACAUUAACAGCUCGGAUGAAUAUCACAGGACAGUACGUCAUACUCCACUGCAGGAAUGAAAAAGAAUAUUUUUAGUGGUUAAAUAUAAUAUGCUUCAAACUUCAGUCACGAAGGGGAAAACUGACAAGGUUUCUGUCCAAUGUCCUAUCAAACCAUUGUUAACAGAGGAAAACCAUGGAUCUCUGCAAAUUAUUUUUAUGAAAAUACAUUGUUGGAAAAUGUGAGAAAAAUUGAUGUUUUAUAAGAAGAUUGAUAGAGAAAACUGGACAAUCAUUAUAUCUGGCACAUGCUGAGUCAAAAACUACUUUGAUAGGCUGGAAUGUCCAGUUGCAUUAUGGACUUUAGGGAAAGUGUAAAAAUGGGCUAAAACUUACUAAUUUGGUAAUUCAGUAAUUCCCAUAGAAACCAGCAGGGAUGUAUGAACUUAAUUCACACAUUUUCUAUGUUGCUGUUGAGGCUGGAGUUUGUGAAUGGUUAAUGAAUUCAUUAUACACACACACUGGUUCAUUCCCCACACUGACACAUUAAACAAUUUAUGUGAAUGUAACUUGGGGAAUCAAAGUAUUUUUUCAGCUUGAGCAUUUAUUACUGACAGUAACUGUAUGUUGGACAAAUAUGAUAUCCAAAGUAAUUUUAGAUUUUCUACUUUUGCUUAAAAAUCCAUUAAAAAAGGUUUAUUGUUAGACAUUCUGAAGACCAGUUGUCCCUUGCAGAGUAUACGUCACAUUUUCCUUAUGAAUUCUGCACUAUUUUUAAGGUAUGGAGUUGAAUGUAUUUUUCUUUUGAAUAAGUGGGAAUAAACCAUAAGGUUUAUAUUAAAUUUAAAUUGCAAUGUGAGUAUUAUGUUCAUAUUCUGUACUGCUUGGUGGGCUUCAGAAAACACAUUCAUAAACCUUAGAAAUAGGCUUAAUAUGCAUCUCAAAGAUGUACACUUUUUGGGAUAUAAUAUCCCUUAACCAUAUUGAUUGUGUGGUUGACAAAAAACAAACAAAACCUUAUUGUACUUAUUGUUAGUUAUUCAUUUGUAGUUUACCUUGAUUCUACAAAAGUUUUCCAAUUCGCACAAUUGAUGUUACAGUAUGUAUAUAUAUAUAUAUAUAUAUACACACACACUGAUAAGGAUGCAACUAGGUUACUCCUUUGAUCUCUCCCAGUGAUAAUAGUUGAGUAUCAGUUGAUGCAAGGGAUUCCUCUGAAAGUCACAGUCAAUACAUAAAGGGGGUUAUUUAUUAAAAUCUGAAUGCUAAAAACUUGAAAAUUCAUGUUUUUUUUUUACUAUAAAUCAGAAUUUUUAGUUGAAAAAAGAAACUCAAAUUAUUCGAGAUUUAUUAUACCCUGCAAAAAGUCAGAAUCUGAAUAUCUGCCAUCUCAGACAUGCCGAAGUUGUAUUUAAAUCAAUGGGAGAGAUGCCUAUCCUAUUUAGAAACUAGUCAUGUGUGGGUUGAGAAUAACCUGACCCUAACCUGCUGCUCAAGAGCACACACCCGACUCUAACCGGUCACGCUCCUCUCUUUAUAUACCUGCCCCGCUAUGAUGUCACGGAAGGGGUGGGGCCUGAGUAUACAAAAAGGUGCGGGCAGAGUGGGAAGUGGAGGAAAAGAAGGCUGCGGAUGGGGAGAAAGGAGGCUAAAGUUCAGCCUGAACCCGCCCAUGGCCCGAGGACGUACUGCAAAAGUCAUCCUGAACAUGAUCGACCCGCAGGUAAACCCACGGGUCCCACUGGCUUCAGCCAGCCCGCAUAUCACUAAAAGAAACAUAUAUAAAAGUGAUCAGGAGGGAGGUGUCUGUACUUGUAAUGCCUUUAUUCCCUUACAUCCUGAUUCUGUACGUGAGUCUCUCUAAAUAAAUUCAUAACUUGGGAGAACAUAUGCACUUUUUAUAGAGAUGAAAGGCAGAAGGAAAGUUGUAACUGAAUUAUCUGUGUAGUCAAUAAUUAAGUGAGACAAACAGUGACAGACUGAUGCCGUAAGGAACACAUAGAAACAAAACCAAAUUUCCUUUACUUCGAGCACUUUGCGCUUAUCUACAAUCAAACCACAAAUGCCAGCAGUGUCACAACAUAGUCACAGGGGUAAGGAUUGACUCCCUUGACAUAUUGAGCUGUAACUCAGCUUGUUUAGUUAGAAUAAAACAAAUGGGUCAGUGGUUGCAAUGAGAACAGUGCUGAUAAUCAGUGAAUUGAUGAGUCACCUUAGCAGUAUGAGCAAUAUUUGUGUCCAAGACUUUAUUAACUCCCCCCCGACCAAUCACAGUUAAGUGUUUCAGUGCACAGAAGUCUUGUUUAUGGAUUUAUGAAGGGAGUUGCUCUGUCUUCAGGAAGUUAGGUCUGUAUGUAGUAAUUAAUAAUGGGUAUUUAUGUGCAAACCCAUUUGUAAGAUAAUGGAUCAUUUUAGGCAAGAUAUUGUUGAUACAUUUCUCUCACUGUAACAUUUUCAGUCCCAAAGAGUGCUUGUCAUUUUUCUUUGUAAGUAAAAAUAAAAAAGAUUUUAUACCAUUAUUAAUAAUAUUCAUUUAUGUGUCAUAAUUAAUGUCCAAU